UCGAACCAAAAUAGAAACAGGAAAACCCAAUUCGAAUUUACGAAGCAGAGAAUUGAAUCCCACAAGAUAAAAGCGCGAUAAUCUAUUAACCCUAACGUAGAUUCUGGUAUUUGCAAAAUAUUGCAAUGGACAAGAGAGCAUUAUACCGGGCAAAGCUGAAGGAACAGAAGCAAAAGCGAAUUGAUUCCCCUCUUGUAAGGUACAAUGAGCACGAUCAGCCUGUAUGUAGAGUGUGUGACAUUGUUCUGAAAUCUGAAUCACAGUGGCCUGGACAUCAAGCUUCUCGUAAACAUCAUGAGGCCAUAAAUAAUCUCAAAGCUAAUGCUGCUGCAGUGAAAAGCCCAAACACUGUAAGAAGCGAGCCUCCAAAGGAGUUGCCUAAACCCAAGUCUGAACUUCCUGAGGGCGUAAGCCGUAAAGAACCUGAAGCUUCUGUUGGAUUGUCCAAGCCUCGUGCAUCAUCUAUGCUUCCUCCCAAUUUUUUUGAUAAUCAAGAGACAAAGAGGCCAAAAAUUGAGAAAGAUUCGGCUAGGUUGGGAGACCACGUAUCAAACAGACAUGCUCCAGUUUCAGAUCAAACUGAAGUGGAGGAAACGUCGUUGUCAAGGUCUAGCAUGCAGGGCUUAUCUUCUUCCAAGAAUGCUGACACUAGAAGCACAGAAAAUCAGCGAUCUGGUGAAAAUGGGCCAAUGUCAAAACUGAGUUCUGGUUCAGAUGCUAAGCAGGUCAAAGGAGCUCUCCCUGCAGGUUUCUUUGAUAACAAAGAUGCUGACUUACGUGCUCGUGGUAUUACACCAGUCAAACCAGAUGUCAAGGAUGAGUACAAAGAAUUUGAGAAGUUAAUCCAAGAAGACUUAAAAGAGGUUGACAACCGUUUAGAAGAAGAAGAGGUUGAUGCUGCAGAAAUGAUUGAAGAGGAAGUAGCUGUUGAACAGAGGGGCUAUCGGGAAAGACUGGAGAUGUUGAGGAGGAAGAAGAUGGAACUUAAGGCUGCUAAUUCUUCGUUAGGCAGCAAAGAAAAUAAGGUUGUAGAUAAGGAGUCCAGUGAUGAUGAAUCAUCAAGUGAUGGUGACAGUGAUGAGAAUCUUACCGUGGACUGGAGGGCUAAACAUUUGUGAAGGUGCUUCUGCUGGUAACAAGGUUUUCUGAAUCACUUGUUCCUUGAACUGAAGAUUUUUUGGUUCAACACAGUGAAUGCAGGAUGAGCAUUGAGUUUCUGUGCUGCAAUUUCCAUGAGCUGAUAUGGAACUAUGACUUUUUCUUUGACCUGCAAACUAGGAUUUUGCCUGCUCCUGCAAGUAAAUAGGAACAAUGAACCAAAUUCAUUUGGGUACUCUGUUGUCAAAGAGUAAUGCGGUUGUUGAGAAAAGAGCUGUACUUAGGUUACAUUUAGGCUUGAGUAAUGAACUUGAGGCAACUCCUUUUGAAGAUGGACAUAGUUAAAGUUGGCACCAGAGUUGUCCUUUUGGAUGCCACUGUGCUAAACAAGCCGAGAAUGGAACAGAAAAGUAUAGUCAUGCUGUGUUGUGAAAGAAAUUUUCUGUACUCUGUUAUAGGGUUUCUUAAAUUGUGCCUGCAAGUUACUGUCAUUGUUAUGCAAUGGUGAAGCGGUAGCCAAAAAAUUUGCAGCCCAAAGAUUAGAACUAGUAAUUAUUCAAUCAGCUAAUACUAAAGGGCUUGCUCUUUUAGUUUUA